AUGGUUAGCGAUACCCAGAAACUCAAGAUCAUCCAAGAGUUCUCGAUACCGGAAAAUCUCAAGGACGACUUAGCCUACUGCCAGCGAUCGUUGCGGGACUGCGUGAAAGUGCAUCAGUAUUUCGCUAAAAAAUGCAAGGGCGCAUCGACGACACAGGUAGGCAUUAUUGAGCAAUGUGGCGAGCGAAUGUAUAAAAAGAAACGCCCAAAUACUAAUGCGCGGUCUAUGCUUAGCAGGCAGCUGAAGGCGUAUCUGCUCGAGCUGGAGGCCGAAAUGCAGGCGAUCGCGAAAGAUCAGAACGAAUUGGUGCAGGAACUAGCGGCACACCUGAAACGGUUCCAGCAAAAAACGGCGAGCGAAAAACGCAUCGUACUAGGCGAUGACCUUGCGGAGGGUUACGUUGCUUGGGUUUUAUCGAAUCACUGUGAACUGCACUGUGCAUUGGUAUCGUACGUACCGCAUACUGUAUCGGAGCGUUUGACGGAAAGCCAGCUGUACCAGAAAUAUCGCUUGGAGCCAAUUCUCAAGAAUCAGAGAGAUUCUAUCCACCCCGGUAAGGUUGCGAGUCGAGAUACACGGCUGCGUAAGCGACCGGUUUUGCAAACGUCACUGCUAAAGCCAAAAGAAGAACGUGAGCUGCUUUUCACUCCUCAAGCAAAGCGAAAUCCUUCCCCGACGCCUCCGAGUACGCCUCCAACUCCGCCGCCUUUCCAAUCACUGCCUGGGGCUAUGAGGACAGCAACGUCCGCGGUGGCCACAAAACGGAAAGGUGCGCCUGAGCAGCUGUCAGUGCCAGCGAAAAAGCUUCGCCCAAGAUCGGCCACAUCAGUUGCUGUGAAGCAAGAACCCAAAUUGAAGGAGGAACCGAUAGAUCACGAAACAGCCUUCGAUUCGGAAGAUCGCCCGGCGAUGAUCGCGAUCAGAGAGUCGGCGGCCGUAAAGCGCGGUCGAAAUAAUUUGUUGCAGGCGCUGAAGAAAGUGAAAAGCGUCCACAAGACGUUUGCAAACAAACUCCAGACUAGUCCGCCCUCUUCGACAGCCAAGUCCGGUCGAAACAAGCGCGCGGGGUCGGUGAACACAAGCGAGCAUUGCAGUCCUUCGAUAUCAUCAUCGGACUCUUCGAACUCGCGAUCAUCGACGCCUGGAAACAGCGGUGUGGGAACUCGGAAGCCCACUGAAAAUUGUACGUUUGAUGAAUCUUCAAAUGAAAGACUUGCGCCUCUCGAGGAAUCACCUGCCAUCUUCCAGCCUACGAAUAUACAUGAAUUGGAGCAGUACGGCUUCCUCAAACUGUUCGGGCUGUUUACGAUCGAGGACAGCGAUCUGCUGAAGGGGCGCAAAAAUGAGCGCAAACGUCGUAGCUGUUGCAGCACGGAGCGCAAAGAUUUCCACUACGGUCGGUUCGAUUUCUUCGAGCAGCAGUUUUACAAUGUGCAGAAACGCAGGCACAACGCGAACAAGCGGCUGCUCUAUACUGCGACUUCCGUCGAAAAAUCGAUCAAAAAAUGUAAACCUUGGUCCAAUGGGGUUUUCCCACCGCCUUCUACCGUGCCAAAGCAGGAUGCUGCGGAUAUCAAACCGUCCGUCCAACCCGACUCAUCGGUUUCAGUCAAGGUGGAAACGAUCUUGCUUCAAGAGCCCGAGAACAAAGUUUGCUUCGUCUGUAAGAAACUCGAAUCCUCCGAUGCCCUAACGGCAUGUAUAGACUGUUGUAAUAUGUACCACUUGAGCUGCCACGUGAACGAGCACGAGAUCAAAAAAGAGGCUGACGAAAAGCCAGAAUCCAGCAACUCCGGCGACGAUUGCGUUAGUAGCAGCGAUGUCAAUGGCAAUCGCUCUACACUCCGGACAUCGCCGCAGCGUGGGACCCUGUGCCCCUCGUGCUGGGACUUAGCCAAAAUUAGCAAAAAAUGAUUGUAAAUGUGGGUUAGUUUAGGUUCUCUUUGAUUAGUUGAAAUUGAGUUUCGUGUAUAAUCCCGACACCGUACAGUUAAGGCAGAAGAAAAAUAUCUCUCCUAUAGAUAGCGAAAUACAAACAACAUGCAGAGGUUCGCGGGCCACAUUCGGCUCCAACCUCUCCCGGUUUGGCCAACUUAAGUGCAAUUAAUAUGUACAAUUAUUAAACGGUUUCAU